AUGGCCAUUGAAAACUAUUUCCAAUUGACCUAUUACUUGGUCUCGGAAUACGUGAGUUCUAUCUACCCCGAAAGAGACCACUACAAAACAGUGCAAACUGCAGAUGAAGCGAAAUUGAAACAGGUUGAGUUGUACUACUACGAUGAAAAAUUCUUGAUCUUGAGCUUUACUGCCAUAAGUCAAGUGCAAUCGUUGGUCAAUUUGUUGAAUAUCGACGGCAGGCUAGAUAACGCAUUGAUCAACUGGGAAUGGUUCGACUUGGAUGAAGACGAGAUCAAAUUCCCGCUUGCCGACACCACCACUAUCCCGCAAUCCUUGGUGGAGAAGUUUCAACAAAAAUUCAGACGAAUUGUCGAUGACGAAAAACCCAGCUCUAUUUUCAAUAGUUCAACCCCGGGCCAGAAACAGAAGGAGAAGCUGGAGGUGGCGCUGGGCCCCAUUGUUGAAGAACACACGGACACCGAAAGCAAUUUCGCCAAAUCUCCAACCCCAGAAGAACCAUAUCACCCCGCAGCAGUGGGGGGAGUUGGAGGUUCCGCCAAUAUACCUGGGUCAGCGCCGCAACCACAGCAACAAUCAGGCAGCACCGCGUUUAGGAGACCGGCAGACAUGCCCGAUUUCGAAGAUGAAUACCAAAUCCGAGAUCCCGGCGCACCAACAAGGGACACCUUGGGCCAAUCGACUCAUUUCCCGCCCGUGGGCGCCGACGACUUGAACCCUCCAGGCAUCCCUCAACACCCCACGCUACAGGGGUACUUGGAUCCACUUGGCAAUCGUGCUGACCAUCCAAGUGGAAUGUACCCUGAUGCCCAGCAUCCUAUAUUCCAUCCACAACAGGGCGCGGGUGGUGCUAGUGGGAGAAAGGGGGUUCCUCCUGGCGCAAGGUACGAUGAUCCGUAUUCGGAGGAUAAUUUGGAUGCAUUGGGGCAAGGUUUGCCUGGUGGUGGACUCAGGGGACCCGGCAGUGGUGGUGGCUUUGGCAAUUUUGGACCUCCUGGUGGCGGUGGUGGAUUUUAG